AUGAUCACAAAUUUCUUCAGGUUCCUUCUUGGAGUCAUUAGCACUAUUAGCAUUUGCUUCAUCAUCAACAAAAUUCUCAAUCGAAUCAUACUCUACACAUCAUCCACCGCACAACCUUGGGACUGGAGCAAGGAAAUCGUGCUCAUCACAGGUGGUAGUGGCGGCAUCGGCUCUGAAAUGGUCAACAAAUUCUCCCGCAGAAAUAUCACAGUUAUAUCCUUUGACAUACACCCACCAAAAAGCACUCUCUCAACAAAUGCACAUUUUUACAAAGUUGAUGUCACUUCGCCACAUGGCAUACAUGAAGCCAUGGAACAAGUCCGUCGGGAAAUCGGAGAUCCAACGGUUCUCAUCAAUAAUGCUGGCAUCGCUUUGGGGAAAGACAUUCUUGCUUGCGCUGCAGAUCAGAUCAAGCAGAUGGUCGAGGUCAAUCUGCUGGCGCACUUUUGGCUUGUGCAAGAAUUGCUUCCAUCCAUGAUCAAGCAGAAGCACGGCCAUGUCGUGACAAUUGCUAGCGUGGCUAGCUUUAUUACCAUCGCAAGCAAUAUCGACUAUAGCUGUACGAAAGCCGGGUUAGUAGCCUUCCAUGAAGGCCUGACGCAAGAUCUGAAGCAUAGAUACAACGCGAGAGAUGUGCUUACAAGCAUUGUUUUCCCUUACUGGGUUCGCACGCCACUGAUACAGAACCUCACUACACAUUCGACUUUCCAGGAUCCACUCCAGGAGCCGAAAGAGGCAGCUGAAGCGAUUGUAGAUCAUGUCUUGAAGGGCCACCGUGGAGACCUCUUUUUGCCAGGUUAUGCAGGGCUUUUAUGUGGGAUUCGCGGGUUUCCUGCUUGGAUGCAGGAGACGAUUCGAGACAGCAAGGCCAGCGUUUUGCGGGAAACUAGUUUUUAA